AUGUCCACUCAGCCCACCCAGUCCUACCACAACGGGGCCUACAUGUCCCUGAUGAAAGGUUUAAAAGAGCUGGACCUCCGGGGCUCCAGUGUUCCCUGUGACCUGGUGCUAACUGGAGACAAUGCCUUUCCUUUAGCAAUCAACAGCCAGGGCCAGGUCCUGAUGGCAGCCUCUCUGUUUGGCCGUGGGAGGGUUGUGGUCCUGGGUCAUGAGGCCUACCUGUCCGCCUUUCCUGCUCUGGUAGAGAAUGCUCUGGCCUGGCUGAGAGGAGAUGGCUCUGACAACCUGUCUGUGGGGGUCCAACAAAACAGCAAGGCAGUUGCUGAUAACCUCAGCAAGUCUAGCUUCCAAGCCAAAGUUGUUGAGGCCUUCAGUGACAAAGUGGGGCUUGGUGUGUAUGUGACAGAUGCCUACAGCGUGGGUGCAGAUGUGAAGGAGCUGGUGGCAUUUCUGAAAGCUGGAGGAGGAGUGCUGAUAGCAGGGCAGGCAUGGCACUGGGCUUCAACUCAUCCUAAAGAGAACACAGUUCUGCAAUUCCCAGGGAAUAAAGUGUCUGGUGUGGCAGGGAUCUACUUUUCUACAGAUUAUGGAAAAGCAGAGAUCAUACCUGUCCACCCUCAGAUCCCAUCCUCAUGGAAGACUUUACGUCUUGGAAAAAAUUUUGAAGAUGACCUGGAGUUCUUACUCCAGGGGAUUUCAGAGUUUGACUGGGCAGAUGCCCUGUCAUCUGAGGUUCUGGUCCACGGACCACUGGCCUUCCCCAUUGGUACCACUGAGGAUGGAAGGGUGUUCCUGGCAGGAGGCUACUAUGGGAAGGGACGAGUCAUUGUGAUCGGACAUGAAGCACUUCUGACAGUAGAGAAACUGGCUCCAUUUUGGACCAGUGCCGUUGAUUGGUUGGACCAGGGCAGGAAGGGGGUCAUUGGUGUUGUGCCAAACCUCAGACUUGCCAGCAAGUCCGGGUUGAAGCAUGAGGAGACAAUGUUCAGGAGAGACCUGAGUGUAUUUGGGUGUACAGUAUGGAGCAAUGGUGAUGCAGAGGAAAUCCAAGACUUUGUAGCACAGGGAGGAGGCCUGCUGAUUGGUGGGCACACUUGGUACUGGACAUACACACAUUCUGGAAACCCUAUGACGGAAACCACAGGGAACAAGAUCCUGAACAAAAUGGGCUUGAGCCUGACACCAAAAACAAUUGGAGGAGGUUCCUACAAGGCUCCUGUGCCAAGCCAGGCCAUGAAGGACACUGGCCACUUCCGCCAACGUCUACGCCGCUUUGCUGCUGAUGUUUUCCAGGGUGACAAACUUGCCAAGCAUGAGGAGGACGACCUUAAAAAACUGGCCAUGGAGUGUGAGUACUUCUUGAAGUUGGAGGCUCAUGACAGCUACUCCUACAAUCAUGUGCUGUCCAUCCUCACUGACGUGUUGAAGAAGUCUGGCAUGAAACCGGUGAGUGAGAAGAACCCUGUGAAGAGUCCCAGAGAUCACCUGCUCCUCAGUUUGGGGACGAAGGCAUAUAAAGAGUCCCCAGAUCGUGAUGCUCUCCUGCCGUACCUCAUCAAGCAGAUCCCUGUGAUGCCUUUCAUGGAAAACCAAAGGAUCAGAAUUAAUGCCAACACGGCAGGAGGGGAAGAGUGGAUCAGCACAGGUCUGUACCUUUCUCCUGGUAUGAAGACUGAGAUCACCAUACCAGCAAACAUGGUCAACAAGAGCUGGAAGAUCCAGAUCGGCUGUCAAUCAGACCACCUGGGUCAUGCAGAGUUAAAGAGAGCACCAUCUGUUGUUGAGCGAUUCGCUGUUACUGCAGAGAAGAUGCAGGUGUGGAACUUGUGGGGAGGACUCAUCUACCUGGUGGCUCCACCCAACACAAAGGUGGAGGGGGCAGAGGUGAUAGUGCAGAAAGCUGUAGCUGCUCCCUAUUACAAGUCUGGUGUUACAACAGCAGCAGAAUGGUCGUCGCUGCGCACAGCUCCUGCACCCUGGGCAGAGUUGGAGUGUGACAACAUCAUCAUAAGUGCACCGUCAGAUUUUGUUCGAGGCCUGGAGCACCCUGAAAAGGUGGCAGCGGUAUGGGAUGAGAUCAUGAAAGGUGUCACUGACCUGGCUGCCAUACCACAUAAAUUGCCACGCAAAGAACGCUUUGUGGCAGAUGUGCAGAUUUCUGCUGGUCUGAUGCAUUCAGGCUAUCCUGUCAUGAUGCACACAUAUACUGUAAGUGAAGUCUUCAGAGUAGGUGAUGACAGGACUGUGGUCCUGUGGGGUGAAAUUCAUGAACUGGGACACAACCAGCAGAGAGACCCCUGGGAGUUCAGACCACACACCGGAGAGGCCACAAACAACCUGUGGUCAGUGUAUGUGCAUGAAGAGGUGCUGGGGAUCAACAGGGAAAAGGCUCAUCCAGCUAUGAUCGCAACAGAACGGAAGAACACUGUAGACCAUUAUGUUAAAGGGGGCAGAAAACUCAGCGACUGGUAUGUGUGGACGGCCCUGGAGACAUAUCUGCAGCUCCAGGAAAAGUUUGGCUGGGAUGCCUUCAAGAAGGUGUUUGCUGCCUACCACAAGAUAAGCAACUACCCCAGUGACAACGAGGGAAAGAUGAACCUGUACACUGAGACCUUCUCCCAGAUUGUUGGGAAGAACCUGACUGGGUUCUUCAAAGCCUGGGGCUGGCCCAUAGCCACAGCCACUGAGGAGAAACUCUCCAACCUGCCUCGCUGGAGUGACCACCCCAUGGCUAAAUAUGACAAGAGCAACUGAGGAGAAACUCUCCAACCUGCCUCGCUGGAGUGACUACCCCAUGGCUAAAUAUGACAAGAGCAACUGAGGAGAAACUCUCCAACCUGCCUCGCUGGAGUGACCACCCUAUGCUUAAAUAUGACAAAAAAUUUAAAUUGUAGCUGAUUAAAAGUGCAGAGAGAUGGGUGUUAGUUUGGGAUGUAAUCAUAAUACACUGGGGUUAGGGUUAGAGACACAUUGCUUCUUGGAUGGUAUACUGUAAUCCUAAAGGAGUGGCUCAGCUCAAAAAACAUGACCGUUGAUUUUGUGUUUGUAAGACAGACACUUACUGUGUUUUCAGUUGUGUAUGUUGCUAUUUGCCUUUAUGCCAAUAAAAAAGACACAAGCAAACA